AUGCAAAUAGUGACUGUCAAGAUUGGAUGGUGGUUGUGGAAUAUGUACCGAUUGAAAUGGGCCCUUUACAACAAUAACCAGCUUCGGCACAGGAACAGGUACCUCUACCGUAUCGCUACCCCCGUCCGGUACAGAUUUGACUGUUUUGGCACAGGAGCAGGUACCUCGACGAUAUCACUUCCUCCUUCCGGUACGGACUUGACUGGUACGGUUAUUAUCGUUAGACCAAGUACAACGUUUACCGGACCCUUUACGACAAUUACUAGCUUUGGCAUAGGAGCAGGUACCUCUACCGUAUCGCUACCCCCGUCCGGUACAGAUUUGACUGGUACGAUUAUUAUCGUAAGGCCUAGUCCGCCGUUUAUGGGUCCCUACACAACGGUUACCAGUUUUGGCACAGGAGCAGGUACCUCAACGAUAUCACUUCCUCCUUCCGGUACAGAUUCAACCGGCACGGUUAUUAUCGUCAGACCAAGUACAACAUUUACCGGACCCUUUACGACAAUUACUAGCUUUGGCACAGGAGCAGGUACCUCUACCGUAUCGCUACCCCCGUCCGGUACAGAUUUGACUGGUACGAUUAUUAUCGUAAGGCCUAGUCCGCCGUUUAUGGGUCCCUACACAACGGUUACCAGUUUUGGCACAGGAGCAGGUACCUCAACGAUAUCACUUCCUCCUUCCGGCACGGACUUGACUGGCACGGUUAUUAUCGUCAGACCAAGUACAACGUUUACCGGACCCUUUACGACAAUUACUAGCUUUGGCACAGGAGCAGGUACCUCUACCGUAUCGCUACCCCCGUCCGGUACAGAUUUGACUGGUACGAUUAUUAUCGUAAAGCCUAGUCCGCCGUUUAUGGGUCCGUACACAACGAUUACCAGUUUUGGCACAGGAGCAGGUACCUCAACGAUAUCACUUCCUCCUUCCGGCACGGACUUAACUGGCACGGUUAUUAUCGUCAGACCAAGUACAACAUUUACCGGACCCUUUACGACAAUUACUAGCUUCGGCACAGGAGCAGGUACCUCUACCGUAUCGCUACCCCCGUCCGGUACGGAUUUGACUGGUACGAUUAUUAUCUUUCGGCACGGCAUUGGACACCUCGGCGAUAUCACUUCCUCCUUCCGGCACGGACUUGACUGGCACGGUUAUUAUAGUCAGACCAAGUACAACGUUUACCGGACCCUAUAUAACAAUUUCAAGUACUGGUACCGGGUCAAGCCUGUGGACAAUCUCAAUGCUUCCUUCUGGUACCGACUUAACCGGGACGAUCAUUAUCGUUCAACCUAG